AUGAUUAUUACUUGGGGUAAUAAUUUUAAUGGAUAAAUAUAAUUAAUAUAAGAUAACUUUUCAAUAUGGUUUAAAUUUUAUAAUAAGGAAAUUAUAUAAAUGAAAAACGUAAAUAAUUUUCAUUCUUAAAAUAUUAAUAUUAUUUAUUUUUAGUUAAUAAAUUAAAGAAAUUAGUCAUAAAAAGAUUAUUUUUAUAUAUAAUAAAAAUUAUUAAAUAAAAAAGAAAAACUAUUCUAUUAUAAAGAUAUUAAUAAAUGGUAAAUUAAUAAUAAUACAAUUGAUAAAUAAUAAUUAUAAAAAUUACUUUAAGAUAAAAAUUUAGCCUUUAAUUAUAUGCUUCCGAAUGAAACAGAAGAAGAAUAAAAUUUAGAAAAAAUAUUUGGUUUUUAUAAUAAUUAUACAGAAAAUGAAAUAAAAAAAACUUUUUAUGAAAAAAUAAAAGAUUAUUCUAACCAUUUUUGUAAUUUCGGAAAAAUAUAAUGUAAUUAUAUUAGUGAAAUGCAUUUAAUUUGGGCGGAUUUAAUGAGUAUAGAUUUUGGAUUAUAAUAAUUAAAAUUAACUAAAGAUUAAUUAACAUUAAGUAACUAAUUGUUAAAAAGCCAGAAACAAAUUUGAUGAAAAGUAUACAAUCUAUAAAAGAAAGAAUAAAAUGUUUCCUAAUGAAUAAAAUAAAAAGAAUAUUAUAUGCUAUUAUAUAUUUAUUAAUAACUUUUAAACAAUCUAUUAUUUAAUACAUUUUUUU